AUAACAAUUUAAUUAAUUAUUUUAGUCGAAAAAUAAAUAAAUUACGGCGGCAUUAUUUGACAGGUGUAAUUGCCAUAGGUAAUUGCAUCUGAGGAAUUCCCAACCAGUCGGAACGUUAAUUGGAGCCACAGAACACUUUCCAAACAGUUAUUCUGUGGUUGGAGCUUAUAUAUAUAAACCCAAUCCAACCUGUAUUCUAGUGGUUCGGUUCUUAGCUGAAUAAUUCCAAAAUAUCCCCAACAGAUGGCGCCACAUGCGUUCAAUUUUUAGUAGGAAGUUUUUGUUUGAGAGUUGCAUUUCUAUGAAGCUAUUUUUUAUGGAAACACAGAAAGAGAGGUUAUUAAAGUGAAUACUUUGUUAACGAAAAAAUUUGCGAAUGGAGAAACAUUUUCAAAUGGGAAUUUUAAGAAUUCAAAGUAAUAAGCAUCAUGGAGCGCAACAACGUUGUUGUCACUUUUGUUUUGGUCCGGCACACUUUUUGACAACUACGUGUUUCGGCGAUGCGCUAACGUUUUUUCAUUUUGGGGCCCCACGGUGGUUAAAGAAAUCGAUUAUAAUCCGCGAAGCCUCCGAUUCGGAUGUGAUGCGAAAUUCUCCGCCUUCGCAAUGGUCAUUUUGCAAUUGGACGAGCAACCGCUGCUCAUCCAAGCCGUUUUCGCCGGCGAAAUAGAGACGGUUAGGAAACUACUCGAAUCAAAACAAGACGUUAAUUAUCAAGAUUUUGAGAAAAGAAGUGCUUUACACGCGUCUUCUUAUCGAGGGGAUGCUCCUAUGACUGAAUUGUUAAUCGAACAUGGAGCUAGGGUGAACACAAAGGAUUGUCGAUGGGUUACUCCGUUACAUCGCGCUUGUUGUUCAGGAUCAGAAGAAACUGUUUGUAUUUUAUUAAAAAACCAAGCUGAUACUGGCGCGAGGGACCGAUUAUGGCAAACCCCAUUACACGUAGCUUCCGCUUAUAACUCCCUGGAAUGCCUUCAACAUUUAUUGGAGAGGGUUCAAAAUCCUAAUGUUACGGAUAGAUCAGGACGAACUGCUUUACAUCACGCCGUGCUUAACGGUCACAACGAUAUCGUUGAAUUGCUUAUUUCAAAGGGGUGCAUUGUAAAUGCUUGCGAUAAAAAAGACUGCCGGCCGAUUCAUUGGGCUGCUCAUAAAGGUCACAUAGAAACCAUCGAAAUUUUAUUACAAAAUGGAGCCGAUAUCAACGCAAAAGACAGAAAUUUGUAUACCCCCUUGCAUGUAGCAGCUGCAAGUGGCAGCGUAGGUGUUAUUCAAACUUUAUUGACUCACGGAGCCAACAUCGAGGCUCAAAACGCUUAUGGAAACACCGCUUUACACAUUGCAUGCUUAAACGGACACGGAGCGUGUGCUCAAGAACUGAUUCGACACGACGCCGAUCGGGAAACUUUAAAUUAUCGGGGUCAAACCCCGCUACAUAUCGCAGCGGCGAGUACGCACGGGGUGCAUUGUUUGAAUAUGUUGGUGGGAUUAGGGGUUAAUAUUAAUAGGCAAAGUUGUGAUGGAAGAACCGCCUUGCAUAUGACGGCGAUUCAUGGAAGAUUUACAAGGAGUAAAACUUUAAUUGAUAAUGGGGCCAUUGUUGAUUCGAUUGAUAAAAAUGGUUGUACAGCUUUGCAUAUUGCUGCUCAAUAUGGGCAUGAGUUAUUAUCAAGCACUUUGUUGGUUUAUGGAGCGAAUCCGUCGAAAAAAGGGUAUGAAGGUCGAACUCCACUACACAUGUGUUGUUUAUCGGGUUAUAUCGAGUGUUGUCGCAUCUUUAUAAAAGCUGGGGUUGAUUUAAAUUGCAAAGAUGAUUUGGGGAAGACCCCUUUGCAUUGUGCCGCUUAUAAAGGGGCAGUGGAAUGUGUCGAUUUAUUAGUGAGUAGCGGAUCCGAUAUAAAAUCAAUAGAUAAUUUGGGGCGAAUUCCGCUACAUUACGCCUCGGCUCAGGGUUAUUUUUUCUGCGUCUUCACUUUAGUUGGAACUGGAAGCAAUCCGAAUGCGCAAGAUAACGAAGGUUGCACCGCUUUACAUUUAGCUUCGGCGUACGAUAUCGAUGGAAAAUGUGUUAAUUAUCUUCUUGAACACAAAGCGGAUCCGAAAUUAAAAGAUUUCAAAGGUUUCACAGCCGUGCAUUACGCUGUGGCUGGAAACAACAUCAACGCCUUGCGGUUUUUGUUGGUCGCUUUGAAUUCGUUGCCGUUGUACGGUGCGGAUAUGCCUCCAACGACGCCGUUGCACAUAGCCGCAAAAAAUGGAAACAUGGAGAUUUUAGAGGCGUUAAUGCCGUAUUUUCCCGAUCCUAAUAUCCGCAACGAGGAUGGUUGCACACCUUUGUUGUUAUCCGCGCGACAAGGUUACUCGAAUUGCGUCCAGAUGUUGUUGAGGUUUGGGGCCAAAGUUUCAAUCUGUGAUAGCGUUGCCGGCCUUUCGCCCGUUCAUCAUAGCGCGAAGAACGGUUAUGUUCACUGCCUGGCUUUAUUAGUUGAUAAUGCUGAAGAUAAAAGCAUUAUUAAUCAACCUGACAAUUUACAACGCACUGCCUUGAUGUUAGCCGUUUCAAAUUUACACAUAGAUUGUGUUACGACUUUAAUAAAAUCAGGGGCGGAUCCUAAUGUUUUAGAUAAAGAUGGGCAUUCGUGUUUGUUUCGAGCUGUUGUAACGGGUCAACAUAGCGUUUUACAUAUGCUACUUCCACGAAGUACGGUUGUAAACACCCCCGAUUCAAACGGAAAAACGAUUUUGCACGUUUCCGCUGCAUACGGAAAGUUGGCUUGCACCCAGCGGAUUUUACCAUAUAUGGAGCCAACUAUAGCUAAGGCGUGCGAUAAACAAAAUUUUACAUCUUUACAAUGGGCUUGUUAUACGGGUAAUUUUGAGUGUGUGGCUCAUUUUUUUAAAGAAGGUGUUUUUGAUUGUCUCGAAGGGAACCCAUUUUCGGCUAUUCAUUGUGCAGCUUCUGCUGGAUCGGAACAAUGCAUCGACCUCCUUUACAAGCAAUUCGGCCCCGAAACGGUCAAAUUCAAAGACAUGAAAUGUCGCACGCCUCUGCACGUCGUUGCAAUUCAUGGCCAUUCGGACUGUGCCUUAUAUCUUUUAAAUUUGGGCGCCGAAAUUAAUGUUAAGGACGAGGAUGGGCGGACUCCGUUGAUGGUUGCUGCGAUGAAUGGCCAAAUAGAAGUUAUGGUGAAUUUAAUUGGUUCCAAAGCCGAUAAGACUUUAUACGACGUCAAUGGCAACACCGCUCUCCAUUUAGCCUGUUUAAAGAAGCACAAUCACGCCGCUUUACUUCUUUUGGAUUUUAUCGAUGAUCCGAAUGUGAUUAACAUGAUCAAUAACGAAAGGAGGACUCCUUUACAUAUUUCCGCAAGAAAUGGGUUAGUUAACGUAACAAGGAUGUUGAUAGCGAAAGGAUCGUCCGUUUUGGCCGUCGAUUCAACGGGGUUAACUCCAGCUUUAAGUUGCGCCCCGAAUCCAAGCGUCGCUCAAUGCCUCGCUAUCAUUUUAGCAAGUCAUCCGAUUCACCUUCAAGGGUCCAACUGUAAAGAUAUCCUUAAUGAAGUUAAAACCCUCCGAACGAGCAUACGAUCCUUAACUCCUCGCCCCAAUCGUGGAAAGCGCCGCCAUUUCCAAACCGAUAUAACCAUGGUAAAUAACCCGGAUAAAUUCGAAUUAGAACACAUGUUCGAUAUAAAACUGGAUAAAGCCGAAACGGAAUCAGAAUUUAAAGAUUGGAUGGGAAACGUUUACGUUAAAUUUGACACAAAAGAAGAACAAUGUACGGGGGGUCCCCCGCCGAAGAAAAAACACAAAACUCGAUUAUAUUCGGUUGACCCAGAAACUGAAAUUGCGUCAUAUUCGUGCCACGAAUUACAUGGAAGCCAAUCCGACAUGUCUUUAGCGUUAAAAACGAUUUAUUCCGAAGAAGAUUAUCGAAAAUUAAUUAAACGCUCCGUCGAUAAUUUCCGGAAGAAGCAAAAUCCCUCACAAGAACAUUUAAUUAAAUUCCAAGAAAAGCAACAACGCGCUAUGUGCUCGUUUAAAUACGAUUUCGAAACCGAUAUGGACGACAAUGAAAUGGUCGUGGUGAGUCCGAGUCGAUCCCCGAAAGCGACAAAUAAAAAAUUAAAAAAUCAAAAAAUCAAAAUCGAACAUGAUUUUAAAGACCAUUUCGAACGUUGCUUAAUUUGCAAGCAAUUCAAUAACGAUUUAUUAGAAUCAAAAGGAGUUCGAGAACCUGAAAUUCCUAUUGAAGUUAUGCGCGACUCAGUAAACAAAGUUUUAGCGAAAAAAGGAUUCUCAAAUAACCGCUGUUUAUACGCAUUUUUAAACAAUUCUUUCGAAAUAAAUAGUGAAAACGCGUACAUGAUUUUCCACGGGAUGGUUAGCCCCAAAUGCGAACCUUACAUCGCCUCAAUUUUGAACCUAAAAAACGGCGAGGUUGAAAUCACAGAUUCCGUCGAUUCAAUAUCCGAGGAGAAAUUAAUGUAUUGGCUCGAUAACUCAUCUUCAAGAUCCGCGCAAAAAAAAUUAUCUUCAACCCGAAUUGAAGAAAUCAAAAUCAAAUCCCCCACGAGGUUCAAAAACGAAAAAUUUAUCCCCCCAAGUUCCGCAAGAUUAGAACCAAAAAGCGAGCCGAGUUUACGCAGUAGGGGGGCCAUCCCAAAACGGAGGGACACUAAAAAAGCGAAAAAUUUAAUGAAAAGUAAUUCGUACGAAGAUAAAUUAAGAAAAGAUGAGAAAAAAUCGAACCGGAAACGAAUGAUCGUUUCGACUUUCGUCGAUGGGAGUAAAGUCGAUGACUCCGGGGAUGAUUCUUUAUCUUUGUCUCAAAAGAGUGUUAAAGCGCCUCAAAUCGAUCGGGAACUUUUACACAAAGUUUUAACCUCGUUCCAUACAAAUCCUUUAUUUAUUAAUCAAGAAUCAAAUAAGUAUUUUCGAUGUUAUCCCACUUAUUGGUGCGUUCCUGAAAUUAAAAAUAAAAAGGAUGAAGAUGAUAAUGAUGGGGAGACUUCCGGGAGACGCCCCGCGCCACCUAGAGAUGACACAUUGAUUUAUUUUAACGAGCGAAUAAACUCCAACGAAAGCCGGAGUGUUAAUGAUGAAGAGGAAAACGGUUUAGAGCUGAUUGAAAGCAUUGGGAAGGUUGAUGAUGACCCAAAAUUGGGGGGAAAUAGCGAUGAUCCCGAAAUAUCUUGCGAUUUAAGGCGGAGAGGAGGCGUUUUGGACAUUAAAAAAGGGGGGAAAACGGGAAAUGUUUGGACUCGUUUAACCAAGGAACUCUUGACGGAGAAAAUUCAGGAAUCGGAGGAAGAGGAUGUCUCAACGAGUAAAAAGCGGAAAUUAACUAUAAAUUUACCUAGAAUUCAAACUCCGAGCGAAGGAAAUUGUGAAAAACACGAAAAUGAAGGCUCGACGAGUCAUUUUAAGGAGGAUUUCGAAACUAAAGAAGUUAACGAAUUGGAUUUAAAUUUAACUUCGAGCGUUAUUGAGGUGGAUUCGGUAACGAACGAUAAUUUAAGCGAGUUAUUUUCUUCUAGCGAGGGGGUUUGCCCCCAACCAUCAUCAAGCCAAACCGAAAAGGUACCAGAAAUAAUUUGCGAUGAAGAUAAAACCAAAAAUCAAAAGGAAAAAGUCGAUUUUAAAUCGAAAAAGAAUAAAAAUUAUUCCACGUUAUAUUUAAGCGGAAAUGAAUCGAAAAUAAGUCUCGAAUCACAAAGAGAUUUUAAAAAGUUAAUUAAAAAUCAAGAUGUUCAAAAGAAAGGUUUUAAAAGUAAGGAGAUUGGUUGUAAAGAUGUUAAUAAGGAUAAUAAAAAUAAUAAAAAGGGGAUUGAAAAAUUAAAACGGACUGAUUCGGGUUUGGUGGAAAAAACGAGUUCAAAUUUAACAAAAAAAUCGUCAAAAACAACACCUGAAGUUAAUUCUUUAACUCGUAAAACAACCCCGAUAAAAAAGCUGGAAAAUAACUCCCAAUUACCUGUCAAAAAAGUAAUUCAAAAAUCGGACCAACCGAAGAUUCCCGAAAAAACCCGAAGCCGCUCCGUUGACGUAACAAAAACGAAACACUCCGAUUUCAUCCCCCCCCAAAUCGAUUCAACCCCGAUUUUAGCCGAUUCCGAUAAAAAAAUCGAAUUAAACGUAUCUUCGUCAAUUUCAAAUCCGACUUUAACCGAUUCAGAAAAUGAUAUAGGUAAGCAAAUAAUGGAAUCGAAACGUUUUUCGGAAACCGAAGACGAAUCGAGUUUAAACGACAGUUUAAUCGUGCACCCAUCGUUAAAUUCCGGAUUAAUCGAUUUAACCGAGUUUGGAUUAUCGGAUAAUUCCGGUGAAGAGGACGACACCGUUGCGGAAAUACAAAGCAUCGAGGAUGAUGACACAAAAAAAAUCGAAUUUGGUGAGAAGAAGAAAAUUCAUUCGCUGUAUAAAAACGAUUUCGAUGAAAACGAAGAUGAAUUUGUCCAAAAUGAGAUUCAAAAAACGAAGUCUUCGAAAAAGGUGAUCUUUUCGGAUAAAAUUAUGUUUAUGGACGAAAACGAUCACAAAAAUAAAAAUGAAACGGAUUCAAACACAUUUUUAAUCGACCCGGAAAUGAUUGAAUUAUCGAUUAAACUCCCGGAUGUUUCGUUUGCGGAAGAUAUAAUUAAUCAAAAUGAGUCAUAUUCGGAACCGGGGCCUUCUAAUUAUAACGUGCAACAUAAAAUUAAUCGUUUUUAUGAUAAAAAGGAAUCGAAUAAGAAACACUUUUUGGAAACUAUCCCCAUUGAGAAACUCGUUUGUGAAAAUGAGCCGAAAAAAAAUGUUUCCACGGAAAGUAUCACCGAUAACGACCAAUUUCUUAUCUCAAAAGAUUCAAAAUCGGAUUCGAACGUUGCGUUGUAUUCGAAAGAUGAUUUCGAUGGAAAUGUUGGAAACGAUUCUGAAUUAGAUAACUUUAAAUCGAUUGAUGAAGAGAAUGUUUCGUCUGAUGAUACCGAAUUGGACACAUCCAAGUAUUAUUCUCCACCGGAAAUCGAUUUGGAGAAGAAAAAAUGUUGUGUUGGAGAUAAUACUAAAAUUUUUGAAUCAGCGCCAUCUAUAACUGAAAAUCAAGCCGAAGAUUUCACCCCUUUAACCCCCAUCGAAGAAUUAAGCGAAAAUGACACUCGCAGCAUCUACGAGUACCAAGACGCGAUCGAAAACCCGAUUCCGAUUGAAACGGAAUCGAAAAGUGAAUAUGUUAAAAAUAAAUCGUACAGUUGUGUUUCGGGCCCGUCCAAUUUAAGCAGUUCUUACACCUCCGGUUCGGAUUCGAUGGAAGAGAGUUUAGUUAAAAACGGGGAGAGCGAAAAAACGCUGAACGAAGAGGAAGAUAUUGAAGAAAUUAACACGGAUCAAAACCCAACGGGUUUUAAUCGAGUUAUGGCAGACUCGGAAGUUGUUUUUUUCACGGUAGAACCGACAAUCAGUACGAUUCAGAUUUCCGAUGAGGCUGCUAAAUGCAUCGAAAUAAGCGAAGUUUCUUCUGAUCGCACUUUGGAAUCAAUCCUCGACAAUGGAACGGAAAGUAAACAUAAACUAAAGAUAGUUGAGAUAACAAACGUCCAAGAAGGCGUUCAAAAAGUUUUUGACAACAUCAAUCAAUUUAAUGUAUAUCGUAGCGAUUUUAACCUAUCAGAAUCGAAUUUUGGCUCAGAAACACCUCGCCACGGUGUAAUCACGACGCAAGUUGAGCAAAAAUCGUCGACCCCAAAAUCAUUUAGCAUCGCAAGCACCUCAAGUGCGGGUUCUUACGUUAUUUCAGACUCCGAUUCAACAAGUCAAAACUCAAAAACAAAUCAAAAAUUUUUAUCCGACAUUGAAGAAGACGCCGAUGAAAGUAACAAUAAAACGUCAGAAGACACAAAAACGAAUUCAUUCAGUGCAAACUCGAAAGAUAAAGAUUUCGAGUCAAUAAUUGAAGAUGUCGGCGACGAAGAAGAGGACGAAAAUAAAUUUAAAACUCAAAAUAGUUCAAAUCAAGAUGGUGAUUCAUCGAACGUUGUGAAUAAAGUUGAUUUUUUCGUUGGGAGAAGUGAGAUUACACCUUUAGAAAUAAAUGAUAACACGAAACACGUUAGUUCCGAAGAUACCAAUGAGUUGGUUGAGAUGAUUGAUGGAGGUUAUGAUUGCAACAUCUUAAAAAAAGUGGUUUCCGACAUGACUUUAGACGACGAAGAUACGAUGAACAUCGAAGAUAAUUUAAGCGAGGACGAAGUGGUGAGGGAAAAUCAAAUUGAAAAGGAAAAUGGUUGUGAAAAAAAUAAAACGGAAGUGAUUCAACAAGAUAGUUACGGACAUAUUUGUCCUCAAAUCAAAUUAACUCAACAUUACGUUGAUGAGAAUCAUAGUUUUAGUGGUGUCGAUGAAAAUGACGAAUCAGCUUUGGAGGAUUAUUUAUCGAUCGAUGAUUCGGAGGCAAAUCAGACUAAUUUGAAGAUGACGGAUUCUUCUUCGAGUAGAAAAAGCCGAUCGAAAACGGACGAAGAUGAAACGACUUUGGAGGAGGUGAAACGCGCGAAAUCGAAAAAAAGUUUUCCAUCGAUUAGUAAAAUUGGAAAGAAAGCCAAAAAAGAAUCAAAUUGUAAAAUAAGUUGAGAAAAAAAUUUUUUUGAGGUUAUAUUUCAUCCAUUUUAUUUUUUAAUCACGAAAUAUUCUUUUUUUUUGGUUAAUAGUGAUAAAUUCCUUGUACGUGGGUGAGAUUAUUAAAAAAUUUUUGUUUUAAUUUAA